UUUUUUAUAUUAUUACCACAUUUAUGAAUAGCGUCGAGCACAUUGUUUUGAAAAAAUUUUGUUUACAUUUCAUCAUCAAUCAUGGAUUCGAUCGAAGAUAAUUUUGAAAAUAUUGCCCAAAAUAUUGAUCGAUUAAAGAAUGGAAUCGAAAAUGAUGCUGAAAAAUAUGAUGAAUUUCACCAGUAUAUUCUAUCGUCUCGAUCAAUCAUCAAAUUCAAUGUUUUUAUUGAAAAAUUAUUGAUUGAAAAAGAAAAAUCAUUAAGACGUGAUAAAAUGAUUGCGAUUCUUAUCGAUGUCAUUUUUGAAUCGGAAAAUUUUGAAAAUCUUAUCAUGACAACAUCUAUCCGGAAACAAACGAUGAAAUAUUCAUCAUUUGAGUUGGAUAAAUUUAUCAACAUUUUGGUAUCAUUUCCCGAAUUGAUUGCAAAUCUAUAUGGUCCUGGUUAUCCACAUAAAUUUGAAACAAAAAAUUACAUUGCCCGACUUUGUCGGGUUUUGCAACAGAUUCUUGAUGGAAUAUAUCGAGUUGAACAAGCUAUGGAAUCAUUUAUUAUGCACCAUAUGCAUUGUAUUAUACGUCGUUUGUGUCUACGUGGUUAUCAAGAAUUGAUUUGGAUUCAUUUGUUUGAAAAUUUAUUCAAUAAAUUAAUCGAUGAUGUUCGAUGGAUGAUCAUUACACAACAUAUUCUAUUUUCAUAUCACCGUGAAGAGGAUGAUGAUGAUGGACCAACCAUUUCUGAAAUGUCUAAAUUUUUAGAACCAUUAUUCAAAAUGAUAUUGCAUCAUUCAUCUAGUCCUAAAUCGAUGGAAAUUUUAUUUCCAUUCGAUUAUCUACACAAACAUCAUGAUUCAUUAUUAUCGAAAAUUGAAUUUCUAUUGACAAACAAAUUCAUUCUCAUUUAUCAUUGUCCAUUGGUUGUUUAUCAAAAUAACAAUAAUAAUAAUCGUGAUGAUCAAUUCAUCUAUAAUUUAUUGGGCUAUUUAUUUCGUGCGAAUCGCAAGUGGUUCAUCAAUGCUUCACUAAAUGUAAUGGAUGCAUGGUCAAAUUCUAAUGCAUUCAAUUAUCGUCAAUAUCAACAGCAAUUUUAUUUUUGUCGUUUAAUGAUUUUAUUUACAAGAUUAUUAUUAUUAUCAGAAAAUCAAAGCAAUGUCAAAGAUAUGGAAAAAAUUAUCAAAAAAUUACAAUCAUCAACUUUUAUUGGUUCGACAAUAAAUCUGGCUUGUUCACAGCAAGAAUUUCGUAAUAUUGGCCUCACUACAUCAGUCAUUCUAUUUGAUCUUUUCAUUCGAUUCAAUUCUAUCGAUAUUGAAUUGCCAAAAUUUCCAGAACUUGAUGCAUUAGAAAAUGAUGAUUGUUGUAAACAUUUAAAAUAUCUUGGUUCAUUCGAUUUGGAUCAAUUAUUUGAUAAUGUUCAAAAUCAAAACGAAAUUUCCACACAAUCUAUGAUGACCAAUGAUGAUGAACAAACAACAACAACCACUGCUACUACUGAUGAUAAUGUUAAUAUAGUGGAUAUGAUGAAAUCAACAACAUUUGAUAGCGAUGAUGACGACGAUGAUGAUCUAGAACCAUAUGAUAUUUCAAAUGAUAUUCCAAUCGGUGAUGAUGUUCGUUUUACAAAGAAAAAUUUGGGCACUUCUUCAAUAUUGAAAAAUCAGAAAAAUAUUCAAGAUAUCCUAUUGAUUGAUAGCUCUAAACAGCGGCCCAUCUAUCUGCAAGAUUUGAUUGAAGGACUAUGUAGUGAUGACGAAAAAUCUGAAUGGAAACAAAAAUGUCUACAAUCAGCUGAGAAAAUAAUUCGUGCCAAUACUGAUCAUUAUAAUCAAUUGGAUUCGGUAUCAUUACGUUUGGCAAAAAUACUUGUAGAUUUAGAUAAUAAUGGUGGUAUUGAAAAUUUCGAUCAAUUACGACUGAAUUCAUUGAUUGCACUUUGUGUUGGAUCACCAAAAAUUGUUGCCAGCUAUUUAGCUGAUCGUUUCUAUGCACCGUAUAUAUCCAUCCAGAAUCGAUUAGAUGUUCUUGCUGUAUUGACAAAAGCCAGUGAAGAACUGUGUCAAUUACAGCCAUUCAAAUAUAAAGAUCAUGAUAAAUUUAUCAAACCAAUUCCAGAAAACAGUCAGAAACUUUUAUCAAUCAGUGAAAAGAAUCAAAAAUUUCAACGUGAUUUUUUCACUAUCGAUACCGAUUAUAAUGAUGAUGGUGAUCGUUCUGAACAGCAAAAUUGGAAAUCCAUAAUCGAACAGCGAAUAAAAUCCAAUACAAGAUUUAUUUCACCAAUUUAUCAUCAAAAACAUUCAGAAUCAUCAACAAUGUCAUCAUCAUCGAAUCGAUUCGUGCCAUUUGCAAAAUAUUUUUUCUUUCCAUUAUUACGUGAUUUUGAAAAAAUGGAUUUAAAAUUGAAAAUCAACGAUAUCGAUUCAUUCAUUGUUGAAUCAUUAAUAUUGGCAUUGGGCAUCCUGUUACAGAAUUGUCAUCAACAUUCACAAACAAUGUUAAUGUCAAAAGAAUUAUUGCCAUUCAUUUAUUCUUAUCGUAAUCAUUCGAAAAGCAAUGUUCGUUCAGCAAUCAUUCAAACAUUUAAGAUUGUCUUACAAUCAACACCUGGUCAUUAUCUUUUAAAUGAAUUAUCAAAUCAAAUGAUUGAUUUUAAAAUCUGGCUUCAAGACAUAAUCAUUGAUGAUUUAAAUCAAAAUUGUAUGAUCAAAGCAUAUCAAGUGAUGAUGACAUUGGACAAGAUGGUCAAUCAAAUUCAAUCACAAUUGACACAGCAACAAUCAUCGAUUGGUACACGAACCAUUUUACCAUCACAAACAUCACGUAAUGUACGUACCAUCAGAUCAACAUCAAACGCUGAUGGAUGAUCAAAAUUAAACAUUCCUUUGUCAACCAUUUGACGAUCUUCAUCGGUUAAUUUACGAUAAAAUGAAUCCUGUGAAAUACGAACAACACGUUUUUCAUGUGAUAAAUAAAUGGAUUUUGGAUCAAUUGGUCCAAGUCGUUUGAUGAUUUUUGAACAUACUGUCGACUAUUGUUGAUUUUGGAUGGAUUAAAAUUACAUUAUUGAUUCA